AUGAAAAGCCCUGCUUUGCAGCCCCUCAGCAUGGCAGGCCUGCAGCUCAUGACCCCUGCCUCCUCACCAAUGGGUCCUUUCUUUGGACUGCCAUGGCAACAAGAAGCAAUUCAUGAUAACAUUUAUACGCCAAGAAAAUAUCAGGUUGAACUGCUUGAAGCAGCUCUGGAUCAUAAUACCAUAGUCUGUUUAAACACUGGCUCAGGGAAGACGUUUAUUGCAGUACUACUCACUAAAGAGCUGUCCUAUCAGAUCAGGGGAGACUUCAACAGAAAUGGAAAAAGGACGGUGUUCUUGGUCAACUCUGCAAACCAGGUUGCUCAACAAGUGUCAGCUGUCAGAACUCAUUCAGAUCUCAAGGUUGGGGAAUACUCAAACCUAGAAGUAAAUGCAUCUUGGACAAAAGAGAAAUGGAACCAAGAGUUUACUAAGCACCAGGUUCUCGUUAUGACUUGCUAUGUCGCCUUGAAUGUUUUGAAAAAUGGUUACUUAUCUCUGUCAGACAUUAACCUUUUGGUGUUUGAUGAGUGUCAUCUUGCAAUCCUAGACCACCCCUACCGAGAAAUUAUGAAGCUCUGUGAAAAUUGUCCAUCGUGUCCUCGUAUUUUGGGACUCACUGCUUCCAUUUUAAAUGGGAAAUGCGAUCCCGAGGAAUUGGAAGAAAAGAUUCAGAAACUGGAGAAAAUUCUGAAGAGUAAUGCUGAAACUGCAACUGACCUGGUGGUAUUGGACAGAUACACUUCUCAACCCUGUGAGAUUGUGGUGGACUGUGGGCCAUUCACGGACAGAAGUGGCCUCUAUGGCAGACUGCUGGUGGAGCUAGAGGAAGCACUUAACUUUAUCAACGACUGUAACAUAUCUGUGCAUUCGAAAGAAAGAGAUUCUACUCUAAUUUCUAAACAGAUACUGUCAGACUGUCGUGCGGUAUUGGUAGUCCUGGGCCCCUGGUGUGCAGAUAAAGUAGCUGGGAUGAUGGUAAGAGAACUGCAAAAGUAUAUCAAACAUGAACAGGAAGAGCUGCACAGGAAAUUUCUAUUGUUUACAGACACCUUCCUAAGGAAAAUACAUGCACUAUGUGAAGAGCACUUCUCUCCUGCCUCACUUGACCUGAAAUUUGUAACUCCUAAAGUAAUAAAACUGCUUGAAAUCCUACGCAAAUAUAAACCGUACGAGCGACAGCAGUUUGAAAGUGUCGAGUGGUAUAAUAAUAGGAAUCAGGAUAAUUAUGUGUCUUGGAGUGAUUCUGAGGAUGAUGAUGAGGAUGAAGAAAUUGAAGAAAAAGAGAAGCCAGAGACCAACUUUCCUUCUCCAUUUACCAAUAUUUUAUGUGGAAUCAUUUUUGUGGAAAGAAGAUACACGGCUGUUGUCUUAAACAGAUUGAUAAAGGAAGCUGGCAAACAAGAUCCAGAGCUGGCUUACAUCAGCAGCAAUUUUAUAACUGGACAUGGCAUUGGAAAGAAUCAGCCUCGGAACAAACAGAUGGAAGCAGAAUUCAGAAAACAGGAAGAGGUACUUAGGAAAUUUCGAGCACAUGAGACCAACCUUCUCAUUGCAACAAGUAUUGUGGAAGAGGGUGUUGAUAUACCAAAAUGCAACUUGGUGGUUCGAUUUGAUUUGCCCACAGAGUAUCGAUCCUAUGUUCAAUCUAAGGGAAGAGCAAGGGCACCGAUCUCUAAUUAUAUAAUGUUAGCAGAUACAGACAAAAUAAAAAGUUUUGAAGAAGACCUUAAAACAUACAAAGCUAUUGAAAAGAUCUUAAGAAACAAGUGUUCCAAGUCAGUUGACACUGGUGAGACUGACAUUGAACCUGUUGUGGAUGAUGACGACGUGUUCCCACCAUACGUGUUGAGGCCUGAUGAUGGUGGUCCACGAGUCACAAUCAACACGGCCAUUGGACACAUCAAUAGAUACUGUGCUAGAUUACCAAGUGAUCCGUUUACUCAUCUAGCUCCUAAAUGUAGAACCCGAGAGUUGCCUGAUGGUACAUUUUAUUCAACUCUUUAUCUGCCAAUUAACUCACCUCUCCGAGCCUCCAUUGUUGGUCCACCAAUGAGCUGUGUACGAUUGGCCGAAAGAGUCGUAGCUCUCAUUUGCUGUGAAAAACUGCACAAAAUUGGUGAACUGGAUGACCAUUUGAUGCCAGUUGGGAAAGAGACCGUUAAAUAUGAAGAAGAGCUUGAUUUACAUGAUGAAGAAGAGACCAGUGUUCCAGGAAGACCAGGUUCCACAAAACGAAGACAGUGCUACCCAAAAGCAAUUCCAGAAUGUUUAAGGGAUAGCUAUCCCAAACCUGAUCAGCCCUGUUACCUGUAUGUGAUAGGAAUGGUUCUGACGACGCCCUUACCUGAUGAACUCAACUUCAGAAGGCGCAAGCUCUAUCCCCCUGAGGAUACCACACGAUGCUUUGGAAUACUAACAGCCAAACCUAUACCUCAGAUCCCGCACUUUCCUGUGUACACGCGCUCUGGAGAGGUUACCAUAUCCAUUGAGUUGAAGAAGUCUGGUUUCACAUUGUCUCUACAAAUGCUUGAGUUGAUUACAAGACUUCACCAGUAUAUAUUCUCACAUAUUCUUCGGCUUGAAAAACCUGCACUAGAAUUUAAACCCACAGACGCUGAUUCAGCAUACUGUGUUCUACCUCUUAAUGUUGUGAAUGACUCCAGCACUUUGGACAUUGACUUUAAAUUCAUGGAAGAUAUUGAGAAAUCUGAAGCUCGCAUAGGCAUUCCCAGUACCAAGUAUUCAAAAGAAACACCUUUUGUUUUUAAAUUAGAAGAUUACCAGGAUGCAGUUAUCAUUCCAAGAUAUCGUAAUUUUGAUCAGCCUCAUCGAUUCUAUGUAGCUGAUGUAUACACUGAUCUUACCCCACUGAGUAAAUUUCCUUCCCCUGAGUAUGAAACUUUUGCAGAAUAUUAUAAAACAAAAUACAACCUUGACCUGACCAAUCUCAACCAGCCACUGCUGGAUGUGGACCACACAUCUUCAAGACUUAAUCUUUUGACACCUCGUCAUUUGAAUCAGAAGGGGAAAGCGCUUCCUCUUAGCAGUGCUGAAAAGAGAAAAGCCAAGUGGGAAAGUCUGCAGAAUAAACAGAUACUGGUUCCAGAGCUCUGUGCUAUACACCCAAUUCCAGCGUCACUGUGGCGAAAAGCAGUCUGUCUCCCUAGUAUACUCUAUCGCCUUCACUGCCUUUUGACCGCAGAGGAGCUAAGAGCCCAGACGGCCAGCGAUGCUGGCGUGGGAGUCCGAUCACUUCCCGUGGAUUUUAGAUACCCUAACCUAGACUUUGGGUGGAAAAAAUCUAUUGACAGCAAAUCUUUCAUCUCAGUUGCUAACUCCUCUUCAGCUGAAAAUGAAAAUUACUGUAAGCACAGCACAAUUGUCGUCCCUGAAAAUGCUGCACGUCAAGGUGCUAAUAGAACCUCCUCUCUAGAAAAUCAUGACCAAAUGUCUGUGAACUGCAGAACGUUAUUCAGUGAGUCACCUGGUAAGCUCCAGAUUGAAGUUGUAACAGAUCUUACAGCAAUUAAUGGUCUUUCUUAUAAUAAAAAUCUUGCCAAUGGCAGUUAUGAUUUAGCUAACAGAGACUUUUGCCAAGGAAAUCAGCUGAAUUACUACAAGCAGGAAAUACCUGUACAACCAACUACCUCAUAUCCCAUUCAGAAUUUAUACAAUUACGAGAACCAGCCCAAGCCCAGCGAUGAAUGUACUCUACUGAGUAAUAAAUACCUUGAUGGAAAUGCUAACAAAUCUACCUCAGAUGGAAGUCCCACGACGGCCGCAAUGCCUGGUACUACCGAAGCUGUUCGAGCGCUCAAGGACAAGAUGGGUUCUGAGCAGAGCCCUUGUCCUGGGUACUCCUCGAGGACUCUUGGCCCAAAUCCUGGACUUAUUCUGCAGGCUUUGACCCUUUCAAAUGCUAGUGAUGGAUUUAACCUGGAGCGGCUUGAAAUGCUUGGUGACUCCUUUUUAAAGCAUGCCAUCACCACAUAUCUAUUUUGCACUUAUCCUGAUGCUCAUGAGGGCCGCCUUUCAUAUAUGAGAAGCAAAAAGGUCAGCAACUGUAAUCUGUAUCGGCUUGGAAAAAAGAAGGGACUGCCCAGCCGCAUGGUGGUAUCAAUAUUUGAUCCCCCUGUGAAUUGGCUUCCUCCUGGUUAUGUAGUAAACCAAGACAAAAGUAACGCAGAUAAAUGGGAAAAAGAUGAAAUGACAAAAGACUGCAUGUUGGCUAAUGGCAAGCUGGACGAGGACUUUGAGGAGGACGACGAGGAGGAGGAGGAUCUAAUGUGGAGGGCUCCGAAGGAGGACGCCGAUUAUGAAGAUGAUUUCCUGGAGUAUGAUCAGGAACAUAUCAAAUUUAUAGAUAACAUGUUAAUGGGAUCAGGAGCUUUUGUAAAGAAAAUUUCUCUCUCUCCUUUUUCAACCACUGAUUCUGCAUACGAAUGGAAAAUGCCCAAAAAAUCCUCCUUAGGUAGUAUGCCAUUUUCAUCAGAUUUUGAGGAUUUUGACUAUAGCUCUUGGGAUGCCAUGUGCUAUCUGGAUCCUAGCAAAGCUGUGGAAGAGGAUGACUUUGUGGUGGGGUUCUGGAAUCCAUCAGAAGAAAACUGUGGUGUUGACACGGGGAAACAGUCCAUUUCUUACGACUUGCACACUGAGCAGUGUAUUGCGGACAAAAGCAUAGCCGACUGCGUGGAAGCCCUGCUGGGCUGCUAUUUAACCAGCUGCGGCGAGAGGGCUGCUCAGCUCUUCCUCUGCUCACUGGGGCUCAAGGUGCUCCCGGUCAUGAAAAGGACCGAUCGGGAAAAGACCAUGUGCCCUCCUAGGGAGAAUUUCAGCAGCCAACAAAAGAACCUUUCAGGGGGCCGCGCUGCUGCCUCUGUGGCCAGUUUACGUCCCUCUGUGUUGAAAGACUUGGAGUAUGGCUGUUUGAAGAUUCCACCGAGGUGUAUGUUUGAUCAUCCGGACGCAGAUAAAACACUGAAUCACCUUAUAUCGGGUUUUGAGAAUUUUGAAAAGAAAAUCAACUACAGAUUCAAGAAUAAGGCUUAUCUUCUACAGGCUUUUACCCAUGCCUCCUACCACUACAAUACUAUUACUGAUUGUUACCAGCGCCUGGAGUUCCUGGGAGAUGCGAUCUUGGACUACCUCAUAACCAAGCACCUUUACGAAGACCCGCGGCAGCACUCCCCGGGCGUCCUGACCGACCUGCGGUCCGCACUGGUCAACAACACCAUCUUCGCGUCGCUGGCGGUCAAGUACGACUACCACAAGUACUUCAAAGCUGUCUCCCCUGAGCUCUUCCAUGUCAUUGAUGACUUCGUGCAGUUCCAGCUGGAGAAGAAUGAGAUGCAGGGCAUGGACUCCGAGCUUAGGAGGUCUGAGGAGGAUGAAGAGAAAGAAGAGGACAUUGAAGUUCCAAAGGCCAUGGGGGACAUUUUUGAGUCGCUUGCUGGUGCCAUUUACAUGGAUAGUGGGAUGUCACUGGAGAUGGUUUGGCAGGUGUACUAUCCUAUGAUGCGGCCGCUGAUAGAAAAAUUUUCUGCAAACGUGCCCCGUUCCCCUGUGCGAGAAUUGCUUGAAAUGGAACCAGAAACUGCCAAAUUUAGCCCGGCUGAGAGGACGUAUGACGGCAAGGUCAGAGUCACGGUGGAAGUGGUAGGGAAGGGGAAAUUUAAAGGCGUCGGCCGGAGCUACAGGAUCGCCAAGUCUGCAGCAGCAAGAAGAGCCCUACGCAGCCUCAAAGCCAAUCAACCUCAGGUUCCCAACAGCUGAAACCCCUUUUUAAAACAAAACAAAACAAAACAAAAAAACAUAAAGCAGAAUUAAGGGGGAAAACUAUUUAAAUUGAGAAGGAUGAUUUAAAGUCCACAGUGAGCGGAAUGAAUCGAAGGCAAAAUUUAAAGUUUGUUUGAUAACGAGAUAGAUUACAGAAUAAAACAUUUAACAUAUGUAUAAAAAUUUUGGAACUAAUUGUAGUUUUAGUUUUUUGCGCAAACACAAUCUUGUCUUCUUUCCUCACUUCUGCUUUGUUUAAAAUCACAAGAGUGCUUUAAUGAUGACAUUUAGCAAGUGUUCAAAUAAUGAUUGACAGUUAUUUUUUGUUUUGGGGUUUUGUUUUUUUAGUUUAAUUUCCGUCAGCUUUGCAUAGCGCCAGGAGGCCAAGGAGCUUACAGCUGAGACAGCCCCUAGGUUCUGCGAGCGCCCUCCCCUCUUCUUCGUGGGCGCUGGCACCUGUCUGGCCUUGGCGGGUGCGCCCAGGAGAAUGGUGCGGUUGGCCGGGGGAGAAAAUGCCUGUGCUGUCUUUUCUUUCUACAUUCUGUCAUGUAAGAUGUUGUCUCCCGGUCGUCAUUGCACUUAAUAUAGUAAGGGACAGGUGGGUUUUUUUUGUUUGUUGUUUUUGUUUUUUGUUUUUUUUUUAGGGACAGGUUUUUAAUGAACAUUGGCUGGCAUGUUGGUGAAUCAAAUUUUCGUUUUCUCAUGCCACAUAGUCCUACAUACAAAAGGUUCUUGCCUUAAAAGUGAAACCCUCAUGGACGUUCUUUAAUUUCUGAUCUUUUUGGAACAAACUGUUUUACAUUCCCUUCAUUUUAUUAUGCAUUGAGAUGUUGAGACAGCGUGAUGUUUGCAACUCACUAGUGUAGUUGUGACUUAACUUAUUACAGGAUUAUAUUAGAGUUUCUGUCAUACGUGUCCUGAAGGCAUUUUGAAAACCAGAAUAUUAUAUAUGUAGUCUAUGGGUUUUUUUAAGCACCAUAAUAAAAAUAAUCUCUGGUUAAAUACCUGAUUUUACUAAAAACCUCCUGCUAGGUAGUUCCACUGAUGGAAAUUGUUUGUGGCAAACAGUUUUGCCCUGGAGGCUGUUGCUCUAACAAGAUAAACUCUAGACAUAUCACACCUAAAAUAUGCUGCAGAUUUUAUAAUUGACUGGUUACUUAUUUAAAGAAGCAAAACAGAGCACCUUUACCCUUAGUCUUCUCACUUAAAUGUCUUACUAUACUUGUCCCAGUGUCGUGUGCAUUCUUCACCUACCAAAGCUGUGCUGUUAAUGCCAUGGGAGUGUAACGUUUGCGAUAAACUGCCGUAAUUUUGAUACAUCUGUGAUUUAGGUCAUUAAUUUAGGAAAACAAGCUCAUGAUUUCCAUCUUUGGAAAAGAAAAAAAAGACAUUUUUAGGCAUUUGCCGAAGUUUCUUUAAUUAGACUUGUAGGCACUCUUCACUUAAAUACCUCAGUUCUUCUUUUCUUUUGCAUGCAUUUCCCUCCUGUUUGGUGCUAUGUUUUAUGUAUUAUGCUUGAAAUUUUAAUUUUUUUUUUUUGCACUGUAACUAUAAUACCUCUUAAUUUACCUUUUUAAAAGCUGUGGGUCGGUCUUGCGCUCCCACCAACACACCAGUAGAGGUUUGCUGCAAUUUGCCCCAUUAAUUAUGCUUGAAGUCGAAGAAAGCUGAGCAGAGGUGUCUAAUGUUUUCCAGCACAUCGUUCUUUACUUGAUGCUUCAUAUAAUGCUGCAUUUUUUGUUUUACAUUACAGUGGAAUACUGUACUUCUUGCUUUAUCUGCACCACUCACCCCCAGAGAAACACCUCUGCAUGUGUGCAUGGAGAGAGCUGUCCGCUGCUUUUUCUAAGGAGACCUGAGUGAAGGGGAUGUUAAGCUUCUCCAACGUUAUUUGUUGUCUCCAGUCUUAAAUUUAAAUUGCAAUCUAAAUUAUUAAAAGAGUUUUUGAGCAAAUUAAUUUGGGUAGACUCAUUUUUAAAAUACUUGUUUCUGAUUGGAAACCUUAGAUUUUUUUUUUUUUUUUUUUUUUUUCAAAAACCUCAGCGUAAGAUCUCCUAGCAAGUUAAAGCCAAGCAAUUCUUGAAUUAUAUUAACUGUAAACGUGUAUAAUUAACAAGUAAGGCUGGAUGUGAAUUUUACUUGUGAGGGUGAUUUGUGAUAAAGUUAGAUCGCAGAUCUCUUCUUAAUUUAUAAACUACCUGAUGCCAGGAGCUUAGGGCUUUGCAUUGUGUCGAAUGCACUAAUCCCAGCGUUAAGGGAUCCUCUUGCCUCCUGGCACCAAAACCAGAUUGUUUCACAGUUACCAUUCCCGUUGGGAGAAAAAUGCCUCAAUAUAUUUUGUAACCUUAAGAAGAAUAUUUUUUUGUUAAUAUGAAAAAGUUCAGACUUGGAUAUGAUUAGGUCAUACAUUCUCAGGGGUUCAAAUUUCCUGCUACCAUUCAAAACAUUUUAUCAACAGCAAACUUUAGCGAUUUCAUUUUUUUUGUUGUUGGAGAAAGAUAGCUAAUUUUAAAUUGUGACUCACACUUGGACGCAUUCUGUGAUCCCCUGGUUACUAAGUUAAAAAAUAAAAACUCUGAGUGAGACAUACAAGAUGGUUAUGAACGCUUUAGUGCUGCUGAUUUUUAAUGCUGUAAAGUUCCCCCAGUUUAGCUUGUUGAAAUGUUUCGCAUCCAUUAACUGAGGAAGAAAAUCACUCUAUGUGGCCCCCCCUUCCUGUCCCUGUGUGUGUCAUCCUUUUGUUCCUGUGAUUGCAACGUGAGACCGAAUGUAAUAUGGAAGCCCUGCUAGUGGGAGGUGUGUGGUGCUGCAGGCACGUGUGUGAGGGACUGGGGAAGUGUGUCUUGAAGCAACUACGAAGUUCCUUUAUGAUGAUUGUGUGGAGGUUAGUCGGCAUGAACCUUCGUUGUAAAGAUUUUUAAUUUCUCUUAUAAUAUACUUUCAAUAGUCCUAACUAUGCUGCGUUGUGUAAUAGCUUUGUUCCCCUUCUGUUCUGUUCGUGUAGCACAGAUAAGCAUUGCACUUGGUACCAUGCUUUACCUCAUUUCAAGGAAAAUAUGCUUAAUGGAGAGGAAAAAAUGUGGUUUGGCCUCGCUGCUGUUUUGAUUUACCGGAUUUGAAAAAGAUAAUUAUAAUGCCUGCAAUGUGUCAUAUACUUGCACAACUUAAAUAGGUCAUUUUUGUCUGUGGCAUUUUUACUGUUUGUGAAAGUAUGACAACGAUUUGUUAACCGAACUCUUAAUUAUGUUUUAAAAAAAAAUGUUACUUUUUUUUCCCUCUUUCUUUUAUGUCAUGUGAAGUAAUUAAAUUUAGAAUGACCUCUAACACUCCUGUAAUGAUCUCUUAAAAUACUAAUAUAUUAUACUGUUCUUCCUAAUAGCUUGCCCUCAGAAAGAUUCAGACUACCCUCCCUAAAUAGCCGGAGGCCUGAGGCUGCUCUGCGGCUCAUCAGUUCGGCCCUUCACCCAGCACCACACCCUGCCAGGUCUUUCUGGGUCAGAUGGAUACUGGAGUGCGGGGCUGCCUGCCCCCCAGCCCUACCACAAUGCAGGGCACUCUCCAUCUUCCUCUGUUAGGGUCUUUAAUCCUUUCCCACAGGAUCUAAGCCACCAAGCUGAGACCUGGAUAUCUCUAUUGAAACCACAUCCAAGAUUCUGUUAGAGCCCUUGCCCAGCUUGUGUACCCUGCGGUCUAUACCUAUAUGGGCAGUUUAAUCGCAUUUCAAUAGGUCUAUUUUUUUCAACCACUGAUUACUUUUAAUUUAAUUAUUUCCAAAUAAAUUUCCUUAUUUUAUCUUGUACACGAGAAGUUUUUAAGAUAUGUUUACGACCAAGAAUAUGAAAGCGAUUUUACCCAUUGUCGGAGCCGCCAGGAGUGAUCUUGCGGGAACAUCCAUGGAGACUCACAUUGCUGUUUUCCACCAGCAGUGAAAAUGGUCUUUCAAAGCUAACUUGUAAAUAUAUUUCAGUCAUUCAUUGCUUUUUUUCUUUUUUUCCUUCCUGGUCCAUUUUUAUUUGGACAUCAACCACAGACAAUUUAAAUCUUACAGAUGCACUCAGAAUUCACUGCAUCAGCAGGUUACUUAGCAAAAACGCAAAGGUGAACAGCAAGUAAACUUUCUGGCUUUUCUGCUGUAAAUAGAGUGAAGGAAAAUGACUAAAAUCAAGAAAAAACUAACCCAAUUUGAUUGAAAGUAACCUAUUCACCAUCACAUGCUGCAGCUGUUCUAAGGAACAUACUGUAACGCGUUCAUACGUAAUCGUGCUGCGGGAACACGCAGCCUGCACCUUAUAGGCCCCAAUUACCUUUAGUUGUUUGUUUUGUAAUAAUUGUAGCAGAGUCAAGCUCCAAUAAAGUCAUGGUCUGUUCA